AUGUGACUUUCUACUUACUCUUCCUUUACUUUCCUUCUGCUGCUGCACACACUUCACUCACAAAACACACAGAGAAAUGGGUAGUUCACACACCCAAAAGUGGGAUGCUUACACAGUUGGAUAAAGAAUCAGACUUAGAUGUCUUUAUGAGAUGAGGCUUUUGGUUUCGAAGUUUAACUAUAGUCUGUUGUCUUGUUGAGGGGAAAUAUGGGAGUUGCUACACUUGCGGAAUUGAAGCCAAGCAUCUCGGGGAGAAGGACUCUUCGUCCAAGUGCAAGCACACGGAAUUUUGUCGAAUGGCCGAUAUCUGAUGUUUCCAGCGAUCUUACAGUCGAAGUAGGAACAGCAAGUUUUUCUCUUCACAGAUUCCCUUUGAUUUCGCGGAGUGGAAGAAUCCAAAAGCUGUUGCAGGAAGCAAAGGAUGCGAAGAUCUGCAGACUGAAUGUGACAGGUAUUCCUGGUGGAGCAGAGGCAUUUGAGCUAGCUGCAAAGUUCUGUUAUGGAGUGAACAUUGAUAUAACUCUCUCAAACAUUGCUAUGCUACGGUGUGCUGCUCAUUUUUUGGAAAUGACUGAAGAAUUUUCGGACAAGAACUUGAUACCCCGAACUGAAGGAUAUUUAAAGGAAAUGGUACUUCCAAGCAUAUCAAACUCAAUAUCUGUUCUUCAUCAUUGUGAAAAGCUCCGACCAUUGUCAGAAGAAAUCAACCUAGUUGGCAGACUUAUCAGUGCAAUAGCAAACAAUGUCUGUAAAGAGCAGCUCACCUCUGGCUUGUCCAAGCUAGAUCACAACUUCUCUACAAAAUCUGUACCUACCAUGGAGACAGAAAAUACUUCAGACUGGUGGGGUAAAUCAAUGACAGUUCUAAGUCUUGAUUUCUUUCACAGGGUUCUUACUGCAGUGAAGACAAAAGGCCUAAACCAAGAUUUGAUCAGCAGAAUUUUGAUUGAUUAUACGCAUCAUUCUCUCCAAGGCCUUCUUGCGAGGGAUCCACAAUUGGUCAAGGGAAGCUUGUCUGACACCGAGUUGCAGAAGAAACAAAAGGUCAUAGUUGAAACAAUAGUUAGUUUGUUGCCAACGCCAUCAAGGAAGAGCACAGUUCCAAUGGCAUUUCUUUCGAGUUUAUUAAAAUCUGCUAUAGCGGCAUCAACAAUCAAUUCUUGUAGAUCUGACCUGGAGAGAAGAAUAGGAUUGCAACUUGACCAAGCAAUUCUUGAAGACAUUCUAAUUCCGACAAACUCACAUGGAAACCAUCACUGCCCCAUAUAUGACACAGAAGCAAUUUUGAGAAUCUUCUCCAUCUUCUUAAAUUUGGAUGAGGAUGAUGACGAGGACAAUUAUAUGAGAGAUGAAAGUGAUAUGGUUUAUGACUUUGACAUCCCUAGAUCUCCAAAACAAGGCUCGAUUAUUAAGGUGUCAAAGUUACUAGACAACUAUCUUGCAGAAGUUGCCCUAGAUUCAAAUUUGACUCCAUCAAAGUUCAUUGCUUUGGCGGAAUUACUUCCAGACCAUGCUCGUCUAGCAAAUGAUGGCUUAUACAGAGCAGUGGAUGUCUUUUUGAAGGUUCAUCCAAACAUCAAGGACUCUGAGCGUUAUCGACUCUGCAAAACCAUAAACUGCCAGAAACUCUCUCAAGAAACCUGCAGCCAUGCAGCUCAAAAUGAAAGAUUACCUGUACAAACCGCAGUCCAGGUUCUGUACUUCGAGCAGAUCAGGCUACGUAAUGCAAUGAAUGGGGGACACAAUCAAUUCUUUUUCAGCUCAACAAACGCUCAAUUUCCUCAGCGUUCAGGGAGUGGUGCAGGAAGUGGCUGCAUUUCACCGCGAGACAACUAUGCAUCAGUGAGAAGAGAAAAUAGAGAACUAAAGCUUGAAGUUGCAAGAAUGCGAAUGCGACUAACUGACUUGGAAAAAGACCAUGUCUCCAUGAAGCAGGAACUUGUAAAGCCACACUCAGCAAGCAGGCUACUGAGAUCAUUUACCAGGAAGCUAAGCAAGCUCAAUUUCUUGUUCCGAAUCAAAGAGAUGAAGAAUACGAACGGAGGGGCCACUUCAGAAAGUCGAUUUUUCUUUCAGAAGAGAAGGCGUUACUCUGUUUCAUGACCAUUUUGCUCGCAGACAAGCACAUAGUAUAGUACAACAUUAAAACCAAGUUCAUGAUCAAAUGUACUGAGCUAGAAUCAUGAUAAGCACUAGAAUCAUGAUAAGCACACAAUAUACUACUACCAUUUUAGUUAUUUUGUUAAAAGGGACGAUGAUUCCUCUGUAAUAUAUAGAUCGUUGGGUUACAGUUGAGAUAACUAGCAUACUGCAAUUGAUCAAAAUAAUGUUGCAGCGUGUAUGAAUUUGGAGUUAGGUCCAUAUUAUAUUAAAAUAAUAAAAUGGUGGCAAUUUUUCUGCAAA